AUCGGUGAGGGUCGGACGUGUUGACUUCCCGAUCGGUUCCGUUCUCGUAAGCGCGAAUUUGUGGAAACUGUUUUCAUUGGUGUCAUUUGCAUACGUGAAGUGAAACUUGAUUUGUUACCGGUGUGAUGUGAAUAGAACUGUUUACCAUAACUUACUGAAUACAUAGGAUUCUGUGGAUUAUUAAUUCAUAGUGCUCGCACGAUUCGGAUUUUAUAUUUAUCCUGUGAUGCGCGCGCGCAUGUAAGUGAUGGCGCGCAGGAGCGUGCUCCUCGUGCUAUGGGUGGUCGCCGUCGCCGCGGAUAAACAUGACGAGCCCAGCUCCACUGAACCGGAUCACAGUACGGUUCCUCCAACACCACCAAUACCUUUGCGCCCCGAAUAUGCACACCCUGCGGGAGUCGAAGCGUUAGAUCCAUAUAAUUCUGAAAAAAAUAAUCCACCACCACAUCACCGUGAUUAUUUAGAGGAGGAUUAUGAUCAUGAAAACCAUAAAGAAGAUGAACAUGAAAAUAGAGAAGAUGCUGAUGAAUUGCCGUCAUUGUCUGGAGACCACUUACUCCAAAGUUCCACUGAUGAUCUACCCAUGUUCCUACUUGAACCUCAACACGCUUACGUAGUACGUAAUAAGCCAGCAAUGCUAAGGUGUCGUGCAGCUAAUGCAUUGCAAGUUUAUUUUAAAUGUAAUGACAUCCGGUCAGUUGGUAGUACACAAUUUGAAUUCGUGGAUCCUCAAAGUGGUGUUAGAAUCGUUGAAGCCGAGUGUAACGUAACGAGAGAUCAUUUGGAAGAAUAUUUUGGUGAAGAUAGAUUUUCAUGCACCUGUCAUGCUUGGAGCAGUCGUGGUGACAUCAGGAGUCAGCCAGCAAUCGUUGAACUAGCAUAUCUGAAGAAGCAAUUCGUGCUAUCGCCAUCACCGACAUCGGUGGAGGUAGGAUCUGCUGCUUCGCUUCGCUGCUCACCCCCGACUGCUGCGCCUCCGCCGAGAGUAUCAUGGCUGAAACAUGGAAUACCAUUGCAACAGGACCACAAUGUACUAAUCUCUGCUGAAGGAAAUCUCCUUAUAUCAAGAGCUACUUUACAGGACAUGGCGAACUAUAGUUGCGUGGCUGAGAACAUUGCAGGAAAAAGAAUUUCGGAGUCAGCCACAUUAACCGUUUAUGUUAAUGGCGGUUGGAGUUCGUGGGGCCCGUGGACGCAGUGCCGUUGCAACGGUCGCGUGGCGGGACAGCGUCGCACGCGCACCUGCACCGAUCCCCACCCCCUGAAUGGAGGGGCGCCAUGUCAAGGUCAAAGCGUUCAGAAAACAGCUGACUGUGUAUUAUGUCAGAGUGACGGAUACAACAUGGAGCUUCAAGUGUAUGAUAACACUCAGCAACUUUUAAUAGCGUCACCCGGUCGAUGGGCAGUGUGGACGGAGUGGUCUGUCUGCGGAUCUGACUGUAGACAGACUAGGCGGCGUGCCUGCAUAGGUGAUGCAUGUUCAGGAGCUCAAGUUCAGCAUGCUGACUGUGUCGGUGACUAUUGCGGAGUUCACGGAGUUGCGGCCCAUAGCGAUAUUCCGCUUUACAUCGGAAUAGCGGUCGCCGUGGUUGUAUUCCUUGCUGGCGCAGCUGUGGUCUACAAAUUAUUGCAGAGGAAGACACGGGACCACUCGCUGUACACAAUGACCAGGACUGAUUUUCAACCAGAAAUGUACCCAACUGUAGAGAAGCAAUCACUGUCAUUGGCACCCGAUCUCAUGCAACACCGUCCACCAAGAUACGAACAUCCACAACCAGAUCCAAGGACUGAACAUCAUUAUGAUGUUCCACAUUUAACUAAUAGUUACGCAUCACCAGUAGACCAUCAAACAACUCCAUGUGCUUCAAGCAAGGGUCCCAGUGACGAAUACGAUAGCAAGCCUUAUACAGAGUCAGAACAUUCAGCCUCCAGUUGCUUUACAAGUUCCGGUUCUAUGUACGAUGCAGCAAACGAAUCGGUAACACUGCAACUAGCGGAACUCGUCUCGAACUCACCGAUAUCUCAAUCACUAUCGGUAUCGAGUUCUGGUGCAAGAUUAGCACUACCAGCAGCUGGCGUUGCUUUGUCCAUACCAGAGGGUGCAUUCAACAGAGGACGAAGGGAGCAAAUAUAUGUCGCUGUCGUCAAAGACGACAGAUAUAGAUUGAAGCUAGGAAAAGGUAUCACGCAACUGAGCCCAGUAGUUAAAUGCGGACCGCCUCGUCUUCAGCUUAAUAAGUCGGUUAUCCUUCAAAUUCCUCACUGUGCUAGCCUUAAACACGGCUUCUGGAAUCUUGCCCUUUACGCUAUAGACCACAAUAACGCAAAGACAGACAUCCAACCUCAAUGGAAAAAAGUCGUAAGUCUCGGACAAGAGACAAUAAAUACACCAGUUUUUACGCAACUCGACACUGACAAAAUAUUCCUUGUUACGGACAUGCUUUCUACAUUUGUACUUGUCGGUGAAAGUUUUAACGGAAAAGCUGUUAAAACACUUCAAUUAGCAUUAUACGCACCUGCGACAUUAAUUGACUCUUGUACUGAAUAUACUAUACGAUUGUACGUUUUCGAAGAUACGCCAUGUGCACCGUAUUACUGUCAAGAGCAAGAAAAGAAAUUAGGCGGAGUUCUACUUGAACGCACAAAAACACUUUUGUUUCAAGAUGGCGGAUCUAAUCUGUGUUUAAAUUUAGAACACCUCAGUCCCGGGUGGAAGGCUAAACCUGGAAUUGGUUAUCAGGAAAUUCCAUUCAAUCAUGUCUGGGGCUCGAAUUACAACGCUCUUCAUUGUACUUUCAAUCUUGAACGGACGUACGACUGUGACAAUAUUGAUUUUAGCAUCUCCGCAUGCCAGAGAACUAAUCCAUCAUACAAGCAAACAUUCCGAAUAUCAAUAGACGAUUUACGAAGCCGAUCCCCACGGGGUAGAUCGCCACGUGAAUCUCAACGGAGUUUUAAUAUAACAGAGAACCUCCUGGAAUCUAGGAUGUGUCGAAGCGAAGACGGAAGUGAGAGUAGUGCUAAGAGGAACGUGACUGUUAACGAAACUGGCAUAAACGAAUGUGCAGAGAGUCCAUUUAAAUUGAGCGUUCGAGUUAAGAGGCAACUAUGCGCUAUAUUGGAUCCACCGAACGCCCGCGGUAACGACUGGCGCGCACUCGCAUCGAGGUUGGGAGUGGAUCGUUAUACAACGUGGUUCGCCACAAAGAGCUCGCCCACUGAGGCUAUCCUCGAGUUGUGGGAGUGCCGGGACCGCGGGCCCGGCGCCACCGCCUCACUGGCAGCCGCAUUACGUCAAAUGGACAGGCACGAUGCAGCCGAUCUAUUGCACGGAAGACCUUCUUGGUUAUGAAUCCCUAACUCCGCAUAUACGAGUGAAUGUUAAGAAAUGUGCAUUUCUAACGUACGUUUGUUGGUAAAUUUGUGUAGUUUAAAUGUUAUUUAGAGAAAGAGUUAGUUUCUUAGACCGCCGGUCUAAAUUGUAAAAUCGUGGUAGUUUAUUUUGUAUAGAGCUAUCUAUGCUGUAGAUAAGCGGAAGAAUAAAUUAUAUUAUAGUAGCAAUAAUAGUGCCUAAUAUCUUUUAAAGAAUUUUCCAACGUUUUAUGGUUGGUACGCGGUUGGUUAUUUUGUUAAUUUUUAUAAGUGUUUGAGUGUUCAUUAUAUCGAAAAUAUAUCGCUCUGUAAACGUUUAUUUCGCUUACGAGUUAAUUUUUUUUCGGAUGUAUCGAGUUUUAAUUAUUUAAGACUACGUGCCAAAUGAACGAUGUCACAGAGUUAAUUUUGGCAAUAAUUAAAUUUAUACGCACUAUGCUGAGCUUGAACUAUCGAAAAGUAGAUUUUAGCGUUCUCUUGUUAGACAAAAUAAUUUGUCCAAUGCAUUUAUCUCACUUAAACGGUCACUGCCUCGUGCUUGAGCCAAAAAUUUAGUCUCACAUUCGUUUGUAGCGACCAAUCUUAAGAAUUUUUCGCAAGGAUAUUAAAUAACCUGAACGAAUUCAAUGAGGAUUUGGACAUGUCUAAAGUAAGAAAUGGGUAUCUUUGUCGGAAAAGAUUUUUGGCUUGAACGCUAUUUUAAUUACGACUCACAUACAAUUUUCUACUUACCGUAUGUAUAUAAUGUAAUAGAUUGUAAAUAUUCUUAAAACAUACUAGUAGUGGUACAGAAUCAAUAUAACAUAACAUGAUUUUGUAUGAAAUCGUCACCACAUUAGACUAUAAUUAUAUAUUUUUGUUAACGUGAUGACUAUUAAAAUAAAUGGAUCUGUGAUAAUUAAAAUAAUAUGAAAUAAAUUAUGUUUAACUGUGAA